GUCGGAGAUUAACAUCCACGCGCAAACUUACUUCCAGACGAACGUGUAAUAAUGCAGUAAUCUUUCAACUAUAACAUACGUGAUUUGAUAACGAGAAUAUCUAUUAUAAUAACCUUGGGCCUUAAUAUAUGCAUACAACCUUUUUGGAACAAUAAAAAAAACUUGCAAUGAUUCUUUGCAAAUGGAUCUGGAUAUUUCUCGUAUUCUGCGUUUCUCAUAUCAAGACUGAUCUGUGGAGAAAAGUGGAGAAUCAUCCGGCAUGGAAGAUCCUAGACGCCUUUGAGUGCGGCUUCAGUGCGUCCGAUCGUAUCAUUGGAGGACUCAACGCAGCUCUGGGACAGUUCCCGUGGAUCGUACGACUAGGAUACCACACACCUGGAGAAUCGGAACUGGACUGGAUGUGCGGAGGUGCGCUCAUAACGGACAAACAUGUCGUCACGGCGGCACAUUGUGUGCAGAAUGGGGAAGACUUCACGCUGACAACCAUACGUGUAGGCGAGCAUAACACUAAAACCAAUCCAGACUGCGAGCUCCAUGUGUGCGCGCCACCCAUCCAAGACCGGAGCAUCAAAGCCAUCAAGAGCCACCCCAAGUACAACAAGCCGGAGUUCCACAAUGACCUGGCACUUAUCGUGCUGGACAGACCGGUUCAGCUGAAUGACUAUGUAGUGCCUAUAUGCUUGCCCCGCGGUGACCAGCUGUCUGCCCCACGCUUGGGCGAACCUUUGACUGCGGCGGGCUGGGGCACCAUGAAUAUGACCACCGAAGAACGAGCUAAGAUACUGCAAUACGUGGCGGUGCCGAUAGUGAAACCUGAGUUGUGCAAUUUGUUCGGUGGUGGUUUCAAGGUUGCCAGCACAGAAAUAUGCGCAGGCGCACAGCACAACAAGGACGCCUGUGGUGGUGAUUCAGGAGGGCCACUGAUGAAGGUAUUCGAUACACCAGACGGACCGAAGAACGUUUUAGUGGGAGUGGUAUCUUUCGGUCCCACGAUAUGCGGUAUCAGGAAACCUGGAGUUUACACCUCGGUGCCGCACUUCUUGAAGUGGAUACUGGAUAAUGUCAUGAACUUACAGGUACGCAAAUAAAAACACGACCGCUGACCUAGUGCAUGGGAGCGUGCAAAUUCACAUUUUAAAA